UUCUCACCUUCAUCGACUCGCGGCUUUCGAGGUGCCUUAAGAGCGCUAGCAUUUCCGCGUUCCCAGAGACUCUGAGAUAACCUCCUCGUUGAAUUUUCAAAUCAACCGCUACAAUGGCGACGCAGACUUCAAACUCUGACGUUGGGCUACCGCCGAACUCGUACAUCUACAGAAUCAUCUCCACCGCAGCGCGGCAAGACCCGCUCACCUACUCCAAGACUGACCAACUCGCUAUAAUCUCCUCGGAUGACUCUCUGCGCUUUUUGGAUCCCGCUUCCCUCAACGUGAAUGGUGUUGUCAAGAAUGCCAACAAUAGCAUCACCUGUCUUGAGAGAGCCAAUGACGCUCCAAGCAACAUCGUCGCAACAGCAGGACGAGAUGGCUUGAUCAGAUACUGGGACCAAAGAAGCAGACAGAAAGUCUUGGAGAUCCAGAGUCCGAAUAAACUCAUUUCGUCACUUGUCUGCAACGCACAAACCAACUUUGUGGCUGCUGGUAUCGAAAAUCCAGAGGACGGAUCUCACGAGACACCUGUAUACGUCUGGGACCAGCGCAACACAUCAGCGCCUCUACGCUCCUUCAUAGAUUCGCAUACAGACACAGUCACAUCUCUACAACUGCAUCCGACACUGCCCACCCUUCUCCUCUCAUCUAGCACAGACGGCCUUAUCAACAUCUUCGACACCUCCCAAGCCGACGAAGACGAUGCCCUGUUCCAAGUCAUCAACCACGGCUCCGCAAUCGCUCACGCCGGCUUUAUGUACCCUAGCACCGACAUCUACGCCCUAGGUACCGACGAAACAAUGAGUUUCUACGCGCUGCAGAGCCAGAAAGAAGAGGAGGAAGAGCCCGCUCCGAAGUCGUUCGGCGACGUUCGGGAGCCAUUGAGCUGCGAGUAUCUGGCGAAGAUGCACUGGGUGGGCAGCCAACCGUUUGUUGCUGGCGGAAAGCACAGCGAAACUCGGCUCAACCUUGUGCCUGUGCGCAAAGGCGCGGAUGUAUUGCAGUACGACUACGAUCUCGCCAAGAGCGUGACUCUACAGGGCGCUCAUGGCGAGGAGAUCGUGAGGGAUUUGUUCACCGACACACACACACAGACGACGUACACAGUCGGCGAAGACGGCCACGUGCGCGCCUGGAAGACUGAGGUAUCUGCGCACGACACCAUGGAUGUUGACGAAGAGGCGGACAGGAAAAAGGAGAAGAAAGAGAGGAAGGAGAAGCGGAAGGAGAGGAAGGAAAAGAAGGACAAGAAGAGGUAUGAACCGUAUUAGAUGCCUGGUUGUAUAAGUCA